CAUACGUCCAUACGCACACACACAAUUCUCAGAAAAGCUUAAGUGCCUACUAGUUCUGACGUGUUUAUUUCACUUUCAUUUUCUUUCGCGCCACACCUAUAUAAACAACACGAGCUGUUUCCUUUCUGACAGUUUUCCUUUUAAACAACCAUGGGCAAAGGACAGAGAUUGAGCGAAGCUGUUGAGGAAUACCAGUGGGACGAUAUAAGUAAGACAGAAGAGAAGGGUCAGUACACACUUAACACAUUUGUUCCCUUACCUGAAAUACAAUUGGACGGAUUGGAUUUCGACAAAAUCUCCGAUGUUGAAUUAAUCGCUAGCUUCGGUGAAAAGAACGUCGACGAGCACGGCCGAACUGUGUAUCCUUUCACUUAUUUGUGCCACGGGACCUUCAAAAAUCAUGUGGAAGCAAUUGAAAGGGAAGGUCUUCGUGGGGCGAAGGGAUCCAGCAGUAGAGAAUUCGAAGAUUGUUGUUUUACAUGGUUUCACCUUUACCCCCACGAUUUUAUCUACGAUUCUCCAGAUGACGAACGAUUAAAAGCGAGUAACAAGAGUAAGAGGGACCAUCUGUUGAAAAAUGUCAUGGGUGAAGAUAACCGGACGACACUAGAAGAACACUUAAUCAGGUCCGCUAUGUUCCGGGUGAAAUUAUUCCCGUUUAUAGAAUACAAUUUCAUAGCAAGUAUCACAGACAUUAUUGAAGAAUAUAAAACUAUCAUGAAAUGUGAAGAGAUCGAAUUGAAGAAAUAUGGAACGUUUGUCUACUUGGAUCCGUAUAAAAGAACGAAAUACUUGAGAGAAGUGAUGUAUGGUAUCAUUGUCUGCCCCAAGGGGACAGAAAAGUUCAGUUCAUUGGACAACUUGAGCAACGACAACGAUAUUUUCGAGUACAAUGCCGAAAAUCCAUUGGAAGGAGCCUGGAAAUGGAUCCCAUAUUCCACCUCUCUCGUUGGCAAGGAGCAGAGGAAACGGCUUUGGGAUUACAUUGGUUUCGCUUUCUACAUGAACGAUGACCAAAUGAGGUUGAAACCCCCAGGUACCUGGAAGGCCCUAGAAGUACCGAAAUUGUGAACACUUUUACGUUAAGAUUAUUAUUAUUAUUAUUAUUAUUAUUAUUAUUAUUCUGUGACUCCGAGUUAUAUGUAUUCGACGCUUUUUUUAAAAAUUCUUUUGGCGUCAACCGUAUAGUAUGUAUUCUUCAACUUCUAAUGACGAAAGCGUUUUUCAUUUCUUUUUUCUUUUUUAAUUUUAAACGUUUAUUUAGAUCUCCAUUGCUGAUGAAAUUAUCAAUAUUUAUUAUUUAAACGCAUUAUAAGACCACUAUUGAAUUACAUACACGGUGGUAGUUUAAAUAAAUCCUUUUAUAUGUUAAAUAUUAUAAUAUAUUUCUGCAUGGCCUUUUUUUAACGAUAUCAACUGAUCGACAAGCGAGUGAAAAAAUUAUUUAUCAUGAUUCACAUCGCAUCCAACUUGAGAUUCUAAAGUUACAACUAAACUUAAUAUAUCUUAAAAGAUUGAAAUUUAUAUCAUACAUACACACAUGCAUACAUACAAACACACACACACACAUGCAUGCAUGCAUACAUACAUACAUACAUACAUAUGUAUAUGCGUACGUACAUACAUACAUACAUACAUACAUACAUACAUACAUAUUUAUAGUUGAAAAGGGGUUGAGAGAAAUUAUAGUUCUUAGCCAAUAAGAACUCAAAUAUGGGUACACACUGUUAACCCCCAAUUUUUUCUUCUCUUCAAAAUUCUUUCUAAUAUUUGAUAAGAUGGAUACAAUGAAACCGGAUAUAUUUUACAUCAUUCACUAACAAAAAUAUUAAACAUUCCCUAAACUA